UUGCCCCACCUCCGUUACUUUAUCUCUCUCUCUCUCUUUCACUUUCUCUGUCUCAAAUUAUUUUGUCUUUAUUCCCUCUUGAUAUCAAAAUCUUUAAACGGAAGCAAGUCUGCUCCGAGACCGAGUUAAAAAGCUUAAACCAUAGCACCUAUGAACCAAACACUUAAAACGAACAACUUUGCACUUCACAAGUUACUGUCUUUAGUGCAAGUAAGAACACCCAAUGCUCCAUCUCUUGAAUCUUGAGUUUCCCUUGUAGGUUGGAUUGUGGGGAGUGUUCUCUAUAUGGAUUUUGGGGUGGUGGGUUUGGAGGGGUUCGUGGGUUCAGAGGCUACUAAUACUGGUUUUACUUCUCUUGCUUCAGAUCCUGAGACGAUGCAAAAAUGGUAUGGGUCCGGGUUCCUCAAGCAAGAGAGAUCUGGAAAUAAUGAGGACGACAGGAGGAGUUCAAAGCUUGCCAAAUUUGACGCUUUCUCAGCCUCCAAGGCAACGUUCCUGAACCAGAGAAAUACUUCACUGAGAUCCAAUACCUCUAUCUUCUCUGACGGACAACAGCAGCAACAAAUACUGAGCUUUUCAGCUCCCAAAUCAGAAGUUAUUUCAGUGGAUAGGGGCUCUCAAAAUGUCGCAUUUCCUUACUUUAACCUCACAUCACCUGCUUACACUAGAAACACAGGCUACAGCAGUGGAGGAUUUAAUGGUGCAAACAUGCAUGGGGUGUUAACAGGAGCUAGAGGACCAUUCACUCCAUCUCAAUGGAUGGAGCUGGAACACCAGGCUUUGAUCUACAAAUACAUAACUUCUAAUGCGCCCAUACCAUCUAAUCUUCUCAUUCCAAUAAGAAAAUCCCUUGAUUCUGCUAAUUUUUCUAUUUUCUCUGGUGGACUCGGACCCAAUACAUUGGGAUGGGGAGCUUUUCAUCUUGGGUUCUCAAACAACACUGAUCCAGAACCAGGACGUUGUCGUAGAACGGAUGGAAAGAAAUGGCGGUGUUCAAGAGAUGCGGUUGCCGACCAGAAGUAUUGCGAGCGGCAUAUGAACAGGGGCCGCCAUCGUUCAAGAAAGCCUGUGGAAGGUCAAUCCGGUCAUUCCGCCGCCGCCACUACCACCAAGCUGAUGCCUACUGUCUCAUCCUCACCAGCAUCAGGGGUAGGACCAACCAGUGGCAGCGGCGCGUCCAACAGCCUCUCCAUUGCACAAAAGCAGUUGAAGAAUUUGCAGCCUGGUAGUGCAUCUAACCUUUACGCGGAAGCUCCACUGAACAGAUUGCUUCCGAGUAAAGACACAGUGGGUGAAAGAAUACAUGACACCACACCAGGACUCACCAUGACAUCCCUAACCGGCGACCUAAAAUCUAAAGAAAACCCCUUAUUGAUCCCGAAGCAGCAGAUCUCAUAUGAGCAAAACUCAAGAACCGAGUUUGGAGUUGUUUCCUCUGACUCACUUCUGAAUCCAUCUCAUAAAGAUUCUUCGUUGACCAAAUGCAGAAAUUUUGGUUCCUCUCUAGAUCUUACCAAUCAAGAAACUGAAAGCCAACAUUCCCUUCGUCAGUUCAUGGAUGAGUGGCCUAAAACCCAGUCUGAUCGUUCAGCCAUUUCCUGGCCUGGGGUUGAUGUUACCCAACUUACCAUUUCAGUACCCAUGGCUGCCUCUGAUUUUAUUUCCUUUACUUCCUCUACCAACAAUGAGAAAGUAACACUGUCCCCUCUCAGAUUAUCAUGUGAGUUCGAUCCUAUACACAUGGGCUUGGGAGUGGGCAGUGUUAUCAGUGAAUCAAACCAGAGGCAAUCAAGUUGGAUUCCCAUCUCUUGGGAGUCAUCCAUGGGUGGUCCUCUUGGUGAGGUUUUGCAUAGUACUAACAGUAGCACGGGUGAGUGUAAGAACACAUCAGCACUUAACCUCAUGACAGAGGGCUGGGAUAAUAGUCCUCGGUUAGGAUCAUCUACGACCGGUGUCCUACAAAAGACUACGUUUGGUUCUCUUCCUAAUAGCAGCGCCGGAAGCAGUCCGAGAGCUGAGAACAAGAAGAAAAAUGAAAGUGCUAGCCUUCGCAAUAAUCUCCUUUGUUCAACCCUUGUUCAGCCUUCCUCUCUGCCUGCUCUAUAACCAACUCUCAGCAACUGCAAAAUCACUAGGUUGAGGGAGAAUGGAGUAAUGGGGAAGCAUGAAUUUUAUCUGUCUCACAAACAAGGAACAAUUACUUAUGAAAGCCUUAUAUUAUUAUGUUAAUCCUUUUAAUUUAGUAAUUUGUACUUCUUUGCCAUGAUUUGUUCCUUAAUUUUAGAGAUUAAACUUGGUUACAAGUAAUUAGGCAAACGCAGUUUGUCUAAAUUAUGGAAGUACGAUUGG